ACGAAAAGAAUAAAAUGAAAGAAAAUUUAGUAUGACACGAUGCAUGAUGUCAUCAACUCCCAUGGCGUCACAACCGUCCCUCCGCUUCCUCGGAAUUCUGAAACCACCUGACUCCGACCACCUCGAGAUCGACGAAGGCGACCUCUUCUGGUCCUCUUCUUCCGAAUCUUCCCCUUACGGCACCUCUCCUUCCCCUCCCACUCACCAAAAUCGCUCCCGCAACCACUUCAAGACCGCGAUUUCCGGCCUCUCCGCCGCCCUCAACGACGACAACCACCUCGUCCGCCGCAAAUCCACUCUCAACCCUACCGUCUCCGCCGCCUCUACCGCCCGGAUAAUUCCUCAGGUCAACUCGAAACCGAACCCUAACGGCGUCGCCAAAUUCUACCAAUCCGCUCCGGUCAACGUGCCGGCCUGGCCCAAGCAUAAGAAGGGAGGAUUCGAUGCGUUUGAGGAUUUGGAUGAGACGGAUUUCGAGAUCGACGAGGACGAGUUGGUGCCCCCUCACGUGAUCGUCGCUAGGGCGCACGUGACACUCUCCGUCUUCGAAGGCGUAGGGCGGACUCUCAAAGGAAGAGACUUGCGUCGUGUUCGCAAUGCUGUGUUUCAGCAAACAGGUUUUCUUGAUUAAAAACCUAAAAUCCAACCGUCAUCGUUUCUGCAAUUGUAAUUAUUAAUUCUAUCAACGAAUAAAUUCAUGAAUUAGCAUAUUAGCACUCCUGCCUGCUGCCAUGCUAGUGAUUGAUGCCCUCGCAUUACCUUCCAACUUGUAAACAAAUGAUUUUAUCAAUGAAGUUGAAGUGUGUAGUUUUGUAUC